UUAUUACAUGCAAGUACAUGUACAAUAUAUAUGUACAUGUACGUGCCAACUCGCUGCCCUGCUUGAUUUUUGUGGACAUUUGGCGCAAGCAUCACAGUUUGUAUCAGAAUAAUGGCUUCCACUAGUAAGCAGGAACAGCAAGGGUCAUCGUUGGGGGCUAGUAUGCUGGAGGAAGUGGUGCGUUUGACGUGGGGUCCACAGCUGAAGGAGGAUGUCUUUGCGAGAUGGUGUCAAGGUUUUACCUUCAGCGAGCACGAGCCCACUGCUCUCAUGCAACAUGAGGGUGGGCCGUGUGCCGUGAUCGCUCCCCUGCAGGCGUUCAUCCUCAAGGCUUUGCUCUUCCAGGGAGAACCUCCGGUGGAGUGGAGACAGUUGGACGGUGAUCAGUGCCGGGCUCUCCUACUGGCUGCCAUGACGGAGGUUCUGCAGACUGUCAGCAGUGGGGGCGGGUACUACCUCGUCCUGAAGGCGGACAAGCAGGACGCCAUGUUGGAGGAGGGGGCGGUGAUUGAGAAUGUAGUGGAGGCGGCGCAGGGCGAGGGCAGCAACCAUGAGAUUUUCCACGCCGGUUUGAGGUUACAGCCAUUUGACUGCAUUGAGGAUGUGAACCGAGGUCUGGAGUCGACUCAUGAGAUGUUCCUAGCAGACUCUGGCUUGCUCCUCUUUCUGUACUCGGUACUUCUAACUAAGGGUCUAGACAAUAUCAGGGAAGAAGUUGAAGAUACCUCGGAGCCAUUGAUUGAUGGCGUCUACGGACACGGAAGCCAAAGUCUUAUCAACCUUAUGCUUACGGGUAGUGCUGUCUCAAACGUCUUUGACAAGGAGAAGGAAGUCGCCGGUCUGCAAAUGAAAGGCAUUUGUCAGCAGAGCAACGUAGGGUUCUUGACUCUCCUGGAAAACCUAAGAUACUGCGAGGUUGGUGCAUUCUUGAAGAACCCACGAAAGCCUAUCUGGGUAGUCGGCAGUGAGACGCACCUAACUGUCUUAUUCUCUCAGGAAGAGACGCUGGUCGCUGAAGAGACUGAAUGGGAGCGCGCUCGCCGGAUCUUCAGCAUGUACGACACGGAGGGGAGUGGCUUCAUCACCACUAUCAUGUUGAAAGAAGUACUGGAUGCCCUAGGACUUGCCACCAUGCCGGAAUAUGUUGAAUUUGUGAAGCAGCGCUUGGACCCUGACGACUUCGGUGUCGUUCUCCUCAACUCCUUCAUGUCCGAGUUUUUCCCUAACGAGCCGGAUCGGAUCAUUCCUGAGUACUUUACAGUUUAUCACUACAACGGCCUAAAGAGAUCUUGCCCCAACAGACAGGUUGCCUACGUGGAAGGGCGGGCCUGCAUUCCAGACCCCAGUGAGCUGACCUGCCUUAGUGAUGCCACCCCCAUCAAGAGCUGCCUCCGCACCAAGUGGCCCACCUUUGAGGUGGAGUGGAAAGACAAUGCAAACCCCUCCAUCAUCUGAGGUCUCCUCCCUCCCUGUGGAAAGGCUGCCCUCCUUGUGUUAGCCUUGCCCUCCUGGUGGGAAAAGCACCCUCCUUGUGGAAACCCCACCCGCCUUGUGGGAAACCCUACCCUCCUUGUGAAAAGCCCCAGCCUCCUUGUGAAAAGCCACGCUCUCCUUGUGGAAAGUGCCACUCUCCUUGUGAAAAGGUUGGAAUUGGGUGGGGUCAAGACUGAAAUGCACCAAGCUCAUAUACACUUACAGAAAAAAAAAUGCACAUAUAUCUUUACAGGCAUUGUGACCGCCCAAGCAAACUGUGUGGCAGAUAAGAAACCCCGCAAUCUACAUAGACUUUGUGAUUCAGUUUUGACAAACAGUUGUCAAACUGAGUGGCAUAUAAGACGACUGUUGGUGAAAGUUGAACGUGAUAUUGGCAUAUGCUUUUAAAGAGCACACUUCGAAAUAUAUACACCGGUAGUACGUCACUGGUGCACGAGAUAGAGACUAGGAAUAGAAAUAUUGACGGAAUUUCAUAGUUUGGGUUUCCUGCUCUGCAGAUUUAACCAAUCUACAGUUUUGUACGGCAACCGUACGUAGUCGAGGUACCCAGGGUUUAUUUAAGUUAUUUGAAUUGUCUUUAUAAACAAUUUGUGUACACAGUUAUAGCCAAGCCAGCUUGAUCUGUAUGUUAGCACAAGAAUUCAGACACGAAAAUAACAUGUAGCUGAUGUCAUUUUGUGAACAAAAGGCAAUCAUAAGAGCAGGAUGACACGCCCCGUGCUGGAUGCAAACAGCUAAAUAUAGUAUGUCUUUGUACAUGUAUUCCAAAAAUAGAAAUAAUGCACUGAGUAGGUCGGCCUGCUGCUGGGAGCAGACCUUUGUGUAUCAUGGAUCGAGUGGACCGGAAUUGCGGGUUACUCUAGUCGGUGUAAGCAAGCCACUUUAAUGAUGAGAUUCCUAACUACAUUGUUCUUUAACUGAGGCAUUUUGAUGUACAGCUCAUGCCAGAAGUUUUUUGCUGCAGAAAAAAAGUUGGAAUUUCUUUAACCUACCCUCCGGGGUACUUUGGCUAGAAAGUCUGCCGGGCACACCAAGUCUGCAUCAUUUGUCAAAAGUGGCUUGGCUGCCCAGGCCCAGUGUGAUAAGAUCCAAUAGGUCAACUUUCACCUAGGCCAAACAGCCUAGGAGUCUGUGGUUGCCAGUCACCACAAGAUCCAUCAGUGGCAUCGUUCAAUGGGACUAGCUCCCAAUGUCUCAACACGGCCAGUUUGUUAAGUUGCUGUUAAUUGCCCAGUGCGUCAGACUUUUUCACCUGAUGCACAGUGCUGUGUCUGGCAAUAUGAGGGUUAAUGUUGUUUGAGGUCAGUGCCAAGCACAGGUUAUCAAGUCGCAAGUCAAGUCUCAAAUUGUUCAAAUAAACCGAGACGUAAAGCGUUUUCCUGUCAUUAUUCAACCCAUGUUUCACCCUACCAUAGUUGUAAUGGACUUGACGUCAUUGGCGCGGCCACAACUCUUUGGCUUUUGCAUUUAAAUGGUUGUUGUUCAUUCAAAGUUCUUUUUGGCGAUGUUGUAAAUUCAUACCAAGAUGCCAUCAUAGAUCACUUCCAGAGAACCAUGGUUUAUUUGUUACCCAUUGGUCAUUGGAUUUGGAAACAUGCGGAAUUUUAAGUUUCAAUCAAAAAUACCUGCUGGACAGGCAUACAAGAAAUUGGUGUUUGUUUUCUGUUUUAUUUAGCUUUUCUCUUUUUCCUUUAAAAAAAUCAUUAAUAGUUUUGUAAGGAUUCAGUCAGUUGAUUUGAAGUUGUUAUUUAUAUGCCAAAGCGGUUUUUCGCUUUCUUAAUACAGUGUAUUCAUUCAGAGGAAAUAUUGCACGUUGACUACUGCAUGUAUAUUGCAGUGUGGCAGUUUCAUUACUCUGAAUGUGAACAGGCGUAGGAUCGUAUCGUAAGCAUACCAAAUAUUGGUUUUAGUAGACAUGUGCUAUAAAGAUGAAUAGAUAUUUGGAACCAGCGUAUACCAGGCCAGAUUGUAGCAGACGCUUACAUGUACAGGGAAAAGGCAGAUAUACUUGGUAGUUUAUUCAUAUGAAGCAUGUUUAUGAUGGAAGAAUGGGACUUGCUUACCAGUGUUCACUGAAGGUCGAGGUAGUAAUUUACUCACUUACAGACAGAUAGGCGUAAUCUGUGAUGCGUAACGGCCAAAUUAUAUUCACUGUUUAAUCAUUUGUGUACAAUACACAUUAGAGUGCAGUACGGAGUUCCCUCUGAAGACAUCCCUACUGAUAUGGCAAAAUUGUAAAUCCUGACAUACGUGUUCAGUUUAUCCCACCGCUGCCACCAAGAGCAGUGCGUGCCGUCCCUGAAUUGAUGUCAGGUCGGUGGAAGAUGUUUCUGUUAUCUCUGUUUGGAAAAUCUUGGGACAGAUUCCAUACAUGGUAUCUUGAAAUCGUGUUUCCUCUUUUGUUCUAUAAGAGAGCACUAAUGCAGUGUUAAUUCGUUCGAUGACCACGCCUUAUCUAGCUUUCACGUGUACACUACACAUCUGUCUGUACAGUUCACAAAAGUUGACGGCGUUUCAUAUUCAGAUUUGACCGUGGUUCAUUAUUGACACUCUAGUGAUCACAUUUUAGUGACGUCUGCGUGGAAAACUGGCCUAUGGUAAAGGGAAUGUUACUGUGUAACACUUAUGUAUGCCGCUCAAGGAAAGAGAAAGAAAAAGCGACUUACGCAACAACAGCAUCAGCGCUGUCGUGAUAUACCAGGGAGUAAUAUGCAAAGUUUAUACCAGUGCGACAUGUACAUGUAGUGAGUUAGUUGAGUAGAUGCGUUAAUUAAGAAUGGAUUUUUUGUUAACGAAUUUAUUUCACUGUCAUCUGCUGAACAUGGACCAGAAUUUUACCAAAACGCAGAAUAUUUGGGAGUAUGUUCGUUCACAAACGAUGCAAGAAAUUUGCACUCGCCAAAAAAAUAAAAUCAUUCACAUCACGAAGCAA